AUGGAUAUGCACUGCAAAGCAGACCCCUUCUCCGCGAUGCACCCAGGGCACGGGGGCGUCAACCAGCUCGGGGGGGUGUUUGUGAACGGCAGGCCCCUGCCGGACGUGGUGAGGCAGAGGAUCGUGGAGCUGGCCCACCAGGGCGUGCGGCCCUGCGACAUCUCCCGGCAGCUGCGGGUCAGCCACGGCUGCGUCAGCAAGAUCCUGGGCAGGUACUACGAGACCGGGAGCAUCAAGCCCGGGGUGAUCGGCGGCUCCAAGCCCAAAGUGGCCACCCCUAAAGUCGUGGAUAAAAUUGCAGAAUACAAGAGGCAAAACCCCACCAUGUUUGCCUGGGAGAUCCGCGACCGGCUGCUGGCCGAGGGCAUCUGCGACAACGACACGGUCCCCAGCGUCUCCUCCAUCAACCGGAUCAUCCGAACCAAAGUGCAGCAGCCCUUCCAUCCAACGCCAGAUGGUAGUGGGACAGGAGUGUCUGCACCUGGACAUACUAUAGUUCCCAGUACAGCAUCCCCUCCCGUCUCCAGUGCCUCCAAUGAUCCAGUGGGUUCCUACUCCAUUAACGGGAUUCUGGGGAUUCCUCGGUCGAAUGGCGAGAAGAGGAAACGUGACGAAGAAGUAUCUGAGGGCUCAGUCCCCAAUGGCGAUUCCCAGAGCAGUGUGGAUAGUUUGCGGAAGCACCUUCGUGCUGACACCUUCACGCAACAGCAGCUGGAAGCUUUAGAUCGAGUCUUCGAGCGUCCUUCUUACCCUGAUGUCUUCCAGGCAUCAGAACACAUCAAAUCUGAGCAGGGUAAUGAGUACUCCCUCCCAGCUCUGACCCCUGGUCUUGAUGAAGUCAAGUCGAGUUUAUCCACCUCUGCUAAUCCAGACCUGGGGAACAACGUGUCAGGACCCCAGACCUACCCCGUAGUGACUGGUCGUGACAUGGCCAGCACAACUUUGCCUGGCUACCCACCCCACGUCCCACCAACUGGACAGGGCAGCUACCCAACCUCAACUCUGGCUGGAAUGGUGCCUGGUAAUGAAUGCGCUCUUCCACCUUCAUCAUCGCCUGCGGAACUUUGCUUCCCUUCCAUCCGUCAGUCCAUGAUGUAUUUUAUGAAUGACACCCACCUCUUGCUUUUUACAGGGAGUGAAUUCUCAGGAAAUCCUUACAGCCACCCUCAGUACACAACCUACAACGAGGCCUGGAGGUUCAGCAAUCCUGCGUUACUAAGUUCCCCUUAUUAUUAUAGUGCCACAUCCCGGGGCUCCGCACCUCCCGCUGCUGCCGCUGCCUAUGACCGCCACUAGUUACCACGGAAACCACAUGAAACUGCAGGGUGACAGCCUAGGCCUCCAUAUUGUACCUGUCUGAUGAACAUUCUCCACCACUGGGAAGGAAGAAGAAAAACUCUCCAUUCCCCUCACCUGCCCCUUUCACCCUACCCUCCUCUUUAAGACUACAGAAAAAAACUGGAAUGUUGUACAUUUGCUACCACCAGAUUGAGAAAUUCAUGUCCUUGGCUAUCCAAGCAAGCUACUUCACUGGAUGAUGGCAAAAGCAGGCCCUGGGGCCGCCAGUGCUCCUGCUUCUCCCGCUGACCCACAUGAAUUGUCCCUGGGUUCUUUAGCCUCCAGUUUCUUCCACAAGAGGCUCCCCCAUCUUCUCUAACUGUGAGAGAAAUUUGAGCAAUAUAACCUGCACUGUCUUGUUUUGGGAGCAGUACAGAAAGGGGGUGGCAAAGGAGAAUGCUACUCACAAUUCAUAGUUCCCUCAAAAGAUGAUCUUCUGUGGAAAAACACCUCAAAACGAUGACGAACUGUUUCCAGAAAUCAGAGAGGGAACCAUUUGGUUCAGUCUAACAAAGGGGGAAAGAACUCUGCCGUGUUAUGUGUGUUCCACAAUGGUUUCUUUGUGUGGCCUGUUCCCUCCCAUUUCUCCUUAGGAUGGUUGAAUUAGUUUCAUCUGAAGACUGACUGCGCCCACUAUGAUAUAAUCUUGAGGACUGGAGACUGGCAGCAGGUCACCAACACUUUUAGACACACAGACAUACGGUCAAGUCAGACAACCGGAUGGAGUGACAUCAACCGACCAAACCACAGUCAAAAUGAAGAACUAUAUAAAUAGAUAUAUAAAUAUAACUGUUUUUAAUGAUUUGUCCUGAAGGUCUGUAAAAAGGAAAAGAAAAAAAAAAAGAACGAAUCCCCCGUUUUCUAAAAGGCAAAAAGACCCAGCAAAGAUAAGCUGGCCUGAAUGGCAGACAUGUUCUUCUGAAGAAAAACGUUCCCCUUUCACUCCCGGAUUUCAUUCCUUUUUUAUUAUGCACUAGAAUGUUCGUAUGGGGUGAGACGGAGCGCAAGUGCCAUUCUAUGGGGAGCUGUCCACACAAGACACAAUUAAAGAGCAAAAGAAAGCUUAUAAUAGCCCUGUCCCACCCCUACAUCUCCCACACGCUGGAUUUCUGUGACCAGUCAUCAACUGUUGAAGGGUAAUGGCAACCGAUACUGAGCCAAAAACAAACAACAACCCCACUCCCACCCCCAUUAUUCCUUGGCUCUCUAGCCUUCAAUUCCUGCUACACACAUUAUCAAGGUGGGCCUGGAUAGGGGUAUGGGUGUGCUCUUCUCUCUGUGGUAUUCUGAAGGAAGUGGCACACACCUUAAAAGUUGCACUUUCUUUUGUGUUUAUCCCGCGCUAUGUUUUGGACCGAGUCUUAUGGCAAUCAGCUCAAUGGUCUCCGAGUUCUAGGGGCUGUUCAUGUCGUAGAUUUCUGUAAAAGUUGAACAGCCCUUGGAUUACUUAAGAAUUUCACUUAGUUGGGUUUUUUAAAAAAGCAAAUUUCUCGGGAGAUGGAACUCCCUGCAUUGCUCUGUCCCUCCUUCACGGCAUCUACGAGUCCUGUGACCCCUUGAUUUCCUGUUGCCACCUCACUAUGAAAAACUAUCACAUUGUGAAAACCGCCUCCAUUCUGCAAACUGUCAAAUACCUGGGUCAAAAAUAAACAGGCAGAUGGGGCGAUUUGAUGCCAAAUAGGCACAUCUGCAUUAACCGUGUUGCUUUACUUACAUACAUUGUUGUGCAUGCUGAAUUUGCAGGGGGGGGUGCGCACGUGCGCACGCAGAAUUGAGUGAUUCUAAUUGUGGGGAAGUAUGCAGAAGUUGGCAGGUCUGCUUAUAUUCAUCUAGCAUAAAUCUGAAAUGAAAAAAAAAACUGAAGGGAAUGGAGUUUUGCUAGGUCAGCAGUUCUCCAAAUAUGGCGGUGGGGGGAACAUUCCUGGAGAGACACAAUAUCCUUGUGGCCUCUUCCCAGGGCAUGCAUUGACUCAGCCAGGAGGCAGUAUGAACCCACUUCCAAAGGAAAGGCAUGGGGUGUACCCUGUUCCUUCUACACAUUGUUAAUACCAUGUUGCAAUAAGAGAACACUGUACGGUGGGCUUGCUUUGGUUCAAGAGACCCCUUCUAUAGGGCUUUCAAAGCAUGUCAAUAGUCAGGAGCCCCAGAACUCUUUGCCUCUGUUCUCUGUAACCUGCUUGUUCCAGGUGAAUAAACCAGCUGUUAAAAAUCA